CAACCAAGUCCCUACCUACCUACCCUACAACCUAUCUAUCCGUCUCCUCUCGAAUCUCGCAUUCUACCUACGCACUUCAUACAACACUCUACCCUCCUCACCCCAAAUAACUAUAUACAACCGCAACAAUGGAUUACACAGACCCCUUCCUCCAAGUCCAAGCAGAGGUUCUUUCCACGCUCCAAAGCACACGGCCCCUAUUCGCCUCAUACCUGCGCAUCCGGUCACUGGCCAAAUCGCCCAGCAACCCAGAGCUACAGCAAGCGCGAUCAGAACUCGAGACCACGCUGACAGAUCUCACAGCCGACCUGGAUGAUCUCGUGGAGAGCGUGCGCGCGAUCGAGCAGGAUCCGUACCGCUUCGGAUUGGAGCUGGAGGAGGUGCAGCGGCGCCGGAGUCUCGUGACGGAGGUGGGCGCCGAGGUGGAGAAUAUGCGGGAGGAGUUGCAGCGGGCGGUGGCGACGACAACGACAACCGCCGCAACGCAUGGGUUGCCGAAUCCGGCGGAUUUCGAUGAUGGGGAUGCUGGCGGGUUGUUGUCGCCGUCGGGUGGUGAUGAUUACUAUGCGGCGAUGGAGCAGCAGCGGCAGAUGGAGCUGAUGCAUGAGCAGGAUGAGCAGCUUGAUGGCGUGUUUCGGACAGUGGGCAAUCUACGGCAGCAGGCGGAUGAUAUGGGCCGUGAGUUGGAGGAGCAGGCGGUCAUGAUUGAUGAGGUUGAUACGUUGGCCGAUCGCGUUGGUGGAAAGGUACAGAGCGGCAUGUCGAGGUUGAAGCAUAUCAUUCGGAAGAAUGAAGAUACAAUGUCCUCCUUCGCCAUCGCCGUCUUGAUAUUCGUUCUAGUACUCCUCCUGAUCCUGCUGCUUGUGCUUUGAGGAAAGGGUUGAAAAGGCCGAUUUAGACCUUAGUCUUCUUGCGGGGACGUUCAUCCUCGUCCUCAUCAUCGGACACGUCGACAUCGCUGUAGUAGUCGCCUUCCUCGAUGGUAGCAUCCGUGACUAGACACCGUCAGUCAAGGUGGAAUGUGAAACGCAAGGUAAUCGGACAUCACUUACCAAAGUACUUCAUCGCGUUGGGCCAGAGAUCCUCGGCGACGGCGAUGGCCAGCUCCUCGCCACCAG